AUGAAAUCUCUUAUAAGAAUUAGCAAACGGUUAUAUUGCUCCAACAACAAUGGUAAGUUAACCGCUAAUCAAGUUAUCUCCACUUGUAAAGGAACACAUGCUGGUCCAUUUGUAGAGUUACCAAUAAUCGAUUAUUUAUCAGAGCGUUCGUCAGCUAUUAUUAAAUUACCAGCUUCAUGUAGAUUUUAUACAAAAUUGGGCAAUAUUACUGCAAUUACUGGUGAAAGUGGAAAUAAAAAACAGCCAAGUUUUGAAGCAAAUGAUUUGAUAAUAUUUGAAAAAAUGACAAAAGAAAAUAAAAUUCCUGGAGUUAAUCGUACCUUUUAUAAGUUACAGACUGGAGGAAACAGUGCAAAUGUUAUUCUAAGUACACCUUCAAGUACCAAUAUUAUAUCAAUAAAAUUAGAAAAUGAUAAAACAUGGAGUGUUUUAAAUGCUGCUGAAAACGUGUAUGGUUAUAGUGAUAUGAUUAAUAUUAAUUACCCAAAAGGAACUUAUGAAUCACUACAGAUUCGAAAUAAACCAAGUGUCAUUUAUGGGUUUGGUGUUUUUUUUCUAUUAGGUAACAAUUUUAAAAUUUUGGAGUUAUCAGCAUCAAGUGAAGUCUUAGUUAAUCCAUCGAAAUUAAUUGCAUUUGAAAAUAAUACUGGAUUAAAAUUUACCACUGAGAAUUUAAGGCCUGAACCUAAUUUAAUCCGUGAAUUGAUGAACAAAAACCCAAAAUUAGCAUCUAGCAUUGAAAAUAUUCCAUUUUAUAAAAUUAAAGGUCCAGGUAGAAUAAUUGUCCAAGGGUGA